GACAGAAGCAGCCACCUCUGGAGUAAAAGCAAAACAGUGUGCAGUCAUGCCACAAAAAAAUAGCAGAGGCGGACACAGGCAGUGCAGACAACAGUGGCACUUUUAGUCAUUCUAGUUGGGCUAUGAAUAGUCAUUGGGAUGUUUAAAUUGGAUUGAGUUCAAUUCAGUAUUAAGACUCAAGUGUGAAAUGAAGCAAGUAGUUUGAAGUUUUUAGUAGCUCAUGCUUUAGUCUGCAGACAUAUGGAGAGAUAAAUGAGAAGAUCAUCAACAAACAACAGAGAAUCACAGAGAAACUCCAUUAUAUUCCCCAAUUAAGAAUCGAUUUAUGGAAUUCAAGUUCUGCCCCACUGCUAACAUCCUGUCCAUCACAUGGGAUCCGUGAUCAAUAUCUAAAGAGCAACUGACCUGGAAAGCUAACCAGAAUUACUGUUAACCGACUUUAUCAGUACAGAUAGAUAUGGAGGGCAGACUGCACCGUAUUAUUUUACCAGUAAGAAAGAAAAGCUCAUGUUCUCACCUUCAGCUUGUGCGUUCAUUCAGAAAAUAGGCCUGUGAAUCCAUGUGGCUUGAACGUAUCUGUCCAGGCAGAGCAAAGAGACAAUUUGAAAAAGUGUGUCACCUACAGUUCAUCAUGGAUGCAUGUAGGGUGACUGUGAGAGGGAGGAUGAGGGCGUGAAAACUGUUCAAAUCUGGUCCACACAGUUCAUCAUGGUCCAGUUUUCCAUACACACAAACUACAACGACGCGACGUCCGAAGGAAGAAUGCCGAACGGCUCCUCAAAAGCAACAGGCGUUACAGUCAACAGGACGUUGGUUUCCUACCCAAGGAUGCAGCCAAAGCCAAAGACAACAUCCAGCAGGCAGGAACGCGGGUCCAGUUCAUCAACGAACUCGUGUCCGGUUUUCUCGGGACGCCAAAGCAACAAAGACCCGUCGCCACGCUGCCCACCGAGCCUUAUCUCACCCACCCUACGUGAAUAUUGUUCCAUGUCCAGCCUUAAGGGCUCACCGGCCAGUCUGAAAGGCUCGGCCUUUCACAGCUCAAACCUCAGUCUGCAAACUUGCAGCCCCAGCACCAGUCUGAGGAACUCCAGCCAGCGCAGCUCAAGCGAGGAUGACAGCUGGGACACCAACAGCUGGAGCUCUGGGGCCACCUGUCUGCUACGCAGUACCAUCAAGCAUCACAGCGAGGACGUUUUUAGAGCACGUCAACCAGAGGGGACGAGCGACUCUGAGACCGGCUGCCGGAACUCCGACAGCCACAAAGGGAAUGCGGUUGGAUCGGAGAGCCGCGAGGGACCGGAGAAGGUCGCCGUGGGCCGUAGAGAUUCCGAACGCAGCCUGACCUCAAGUCAGGGUACGUCCGGUGCUUCGACGAUAUCAGCAGAGUUAGAGGAGAAGAUCGAAGCAAAGCUCAGGUUUUCUCAAUUCCUUGAUGAAGUAACUUGCAGAGUUCUGGACCCUGAAUGUCUGCAAGCCUUUGGUGUGGUGCGUGAAAGGGAGGUUUGUCCACAAACAUCGUUAACUUCAGUCUCCAGUACACACCUCUGUAUGGAUAAUCCUUGGUUAAGUUCUGCUAGGGAUUCCUGGGCCAGGUAUAUGCCAAGCUGCAAGAUUCUGGACAGCAGUGAGACCCUGAGAGACAAACAAGAGAAGAUACCCUGCAGGGAAAUCUCAUCCAGAGCCUAUCUAGAGACGGACAUAGAUCAAGUGAGAAGGGAACAUGAAAUAAGCUCUGAACUUACAAAAGAAAUGGAGAAGCGAACGUUACAGCUGAAGGCUGAGUCUUCUCGUGAGGUACUCGACAGCAAGAGAAGCCCGAUUUCAAACCGCUCGGAUUGUGCACCCAGACCACCUCACCGCUCUACUUCAUUACCGAGACCUCUGAGCAACAACCUGGCUGCAGAUGUUGAAGAUGUUUGUGGCAAAAGUUCUCCACAGGAGCAGACAGACGACCUGCGCAGAUGUCUGAACUACACCACACAUAAACUACACCUGCUGGAGAAUGAGUUUGACUCGACCCGUCAGUAUCUGGAGACUGAACUAAGACGAGCUCAACGGGAAUUCAAGAAAUCCACAGAGAAACUUCACAGGAUUCACAGCGGUUACACAGCUGUGCAGAGAAUAAACCAAGAGUUACAGGACAAAAUCCUGCGAAUGACCAAACUCCACGAAGAAGAAAUCAGAUCUUUGAGUCGAGAGAUCCUCGUACUGAAUAACCAACUGAUAGACGCCAAGAUCACAGUACAAAAACUACAAGAGCAGAAUCUUCCUGCUGAUUUUCAGGGGCGUGUGGAGAAACAUGAUCACGGGAGGAAUGUGGCUCCAUGUUACUCUCGCUCAGAUUCCAUCAUUGGAAAGCGGCGGAGAAACCGGAGGCAGAGAGAAGCUGUCCGCUCACUCGUUCAUUCAGCCCACAAGGCCAAGACACAGAGUUUCUGUGGGACAAACGACAGCAGCGUAAAUCAUGACCUGUACCGCAGUGACACAGCGCUGUACUGCCGCAGUGAGCGCUGGCCUGAGCGCAGACAGAGCGUUGACCUCCAGAACUGUGUGGAUGGCAACACAGAGGACGAGACUUUACACCUGAGCUUCUGUCCUUUCCGUGGGUUCAUGGUCGAAUCUCUUCCGGUCACCGGCUCGUAUUCCAGCUUCAGUGCGGCUUCAGAGGAGGAGGCUCGCCUGACGUCAUGUCAGCGGCUCUGGCCUGAGAGAGAUUACGAGUGUGAAAACACUUUCUCGUAUGAAAAGGACAGUCCAGGUUUUCCACAGUCAGAAGGUUUCCAUCACGUCAGUUUACCAGCGUCCUGCUACGGGGCGUCAUAUCGUCUCCCUGAGGAUGAAGCGACCGCCCGCCGGAGGCAGACGAGCGUGGAGGACGUGAAGACCUUCUCGCUUCCCAGCUCUGGACCCCUCAGCCGUUCAGAACAGCAUUACGUGACGGCUCCCACCAAACUCAAACUGGGUUCCUUCUACAGGAGCAUCCAGGACAAAGAUGAUGUCUUUCACACACGUGUGCUGAAUUCCCAUAUCUCUGCGUCAACAACUUCUAGUCCUGUGCUAAACCCAAAGACGAGUUCAAAUGUGUUUCGGGCUGAGACGAGAGCGGCCUUUCGAAACUUUGAAGAGAAGCAGCAGCAGACAGAAGAUCAUUUAAAGCAAAAUGACGUCAAUGAAAGUUCAUCCGAGUCACUAAACCAAAGUCUGGAAGCUUCUAUGAUCCAAAUCUACAAGAAAGAUGUUGGGAUUCAUCCGGGAGCUCAGAAAAACACUCAUCAGAAAUCUGUCAACACAGGACUGAGCAGAAAAGACAGUUUGACUAAAGCACAGCUGUACGGGACGCUGCUAAACUAACUACCGUCAGAAAUAAUGAUAUCUGCUAACGUCUGUGAAGUGAUUUACAAAUGAUUUUCAGAUGCCCUCCUCCAAAACCUCUUUGAAACAAAGGAAUUUGUCUGUAUAACGCUCCAAACUAUCAUGUCGUGUUGCUUUGUGAUGUUUUUAAAGAUGAUUGCCAUUAUGUAGACCUGUAAUAACAUCAGGACUGAAUGGUUGAUCUGAACUUACUGAAGUUACUGUUUGUUUAAAGCUUUCAUUUCUUUACUAAAUAAAAACAUUAUAGCCUCA